AUGGCGGACGCUGAGGCCGAGGUGGUUCCGCGGCCUGAGAUGCAGCGGCUGGUGGCGACGCUCCGCGCGCGCCUCUGGCAGCUGCAGGCGGAGCUGCGCGAGCAGGAGGUGUCCGAGGCCUCGUCCCGGGGCUACUGCCGCGGCUUCUGCCAGACAUUGCUUCAGUAUGCAGGCAGUCGGGGCGCGUCGGAACAUGUUUUGCCUUUUUUGGAAGUCUAUCGAAUCUCCAUCCAAAGCUUUGCUAAUGCACGACCUUACUUGACUACAGAAUGUGAAGAUGUGCUUUUGGUACUUGGCAGGCUAGUGCUGAGCUGUUUUGAGCUACUGCUUUCAAUCCCUGAAAGUGAAUUGCCACCUGAAGUAUGGUUAGGAUUCCAUCAGUCCAUACAGGAUUCACAUGAUGCUUUAUUGGAAUUUGGGAAUAAUAACCUUCAAGUAUUGGUGGAUAUCACAAAGGAAGGAGUAUGGAAAAAUCCAGUUCUUCUUAAAAUUCUGUCCCAGCAGCCAGUAGAAACAGAGGAAGCUAAUAAAUUGAUUACACGAGAAGGGCCUUCCUUUCUGCAGAUGCGAAUAAAGCACUUGAUGAAGUCAAACUGCAUCCCACAAGCUACUGUCUUAUCAAAAUUGUGUGCAGAUUCUUCAGAAAUUGCAAAUGCCUCUUCUUUUCGCCAAGCCUACAUCACCUGUGUGUGUUCUAUGCUGCCUAAUGAAGACUCCAUUAAGGAGAUUGCAAAGGUGGAUUGCAAGGAAGUACUGGACAUCAUAUGUAAUCUGGAAUCUGAAGGACAAGAAAACACUGCGUUUGUUCUUUGUACAACGUACCUUACUCAUCAGCUUCAAACAGCGAAUGUAUAUUGCUCUUGGGAACUGACACUUUUCUGGAGCAAAUUGCAAAGAAGAAUUGAUCCAUCUUUGGAUUCCUUUUUGGAAAGAUGUCGUCAGUUUGGCAUUAUUGCCAAAACACUACAGCAUUUAUUUUUCCUGAUAAGAGUCAUACAAUCUGAAGCAGAAGAAGCAGGACUUGCUGUGUCUGUUUUGUUAUGUGUGAGAGCCCUUCAGAUCAGAUCAAAUGGAAGUGACGAAAUGAAGACAUCUGUAUGUAAAACGAUCGCAUGCCUUYUACCAGAAGACCUUGAAGUCAGAAGAGCAUGUCAGCUUACCGAGUUCUUACUUGAGCCAACUUUGAGUGGAUUUAAUGUGUUGGAAGAGCUGUAUAUGCAACCAGAUCAAAAAUUCGAUGAAGAAAAUGCACUGGUCCCCAACUCGCUCCGUUGUGAGCUGCUGUUGGCUUUAAAAGCAUAUUGGCCAUUUGAUCCUGAAUUUUGGGACUGGAAGACUUUAAAGCGACAUUGCCUUAAAUUGUUAGGGAAAGUAGCUUCUGAUUCUGAGGAUGAUGUAAGUUGUAAUAUGUCAAUCAAUGAAACCGACCUCUUAGAUAGUUUCUUAAGUGACUAUGAUGACACGAAAGAACAUAAAUAUUAUGAUGGAAAAGAUUCAAUAAAUAAUCCUAAAGAGAAAGUAAGAGUAAAAAAGCCAAUUGGUUCUUCAGAAAGAUACCAGAGAUGGCUUCAGUACAAAUUCUUUUGUGUGCUGUGCAAAAGGGAGUGUAUAGAGGCUCGAAUACUGCACCAUUCCAAGAUGCACAUGGAAGAUGGUAUUUACACAUGUCCUGUGUGUACAAAGAAGUUCAAAAGAAAGGAAUUUUUUGUACCGCAUGUAAUGGAACAUGUUAAAAUGCCACCUAGUCGAACACACAGGCCGAAGAAGAAAAUAAUACUGAAAAAAGAGAGAUCGCCACAAAAGACAAUAUCUUCCAGCAGCUCCUGCCCGGCACUUCAGGAAAAGCUGCAUCAGCCCCAACUGUCUGAAAACCUAGAAAGCGACGCACAUGAAUAUGUCACAUUCAGCCAGUUGGAAAACUGCCAGCUACAAGACAGAGACAUCUACCCAUGCCCCGGCACAGAUUGUUCGAGGGUAUUUAAACAGUUUAAAUACUUAAGUGUACAUCUAAAAGCCGAACAUCAGAACAACGAUGAGAAUGCCAAACACUACUUGGAUAUGAAAAACAGGAGAGAGAAAUGUGCUUUCUGUCGCCGGCACUUCAUGACAUCCUUCCAUCUGCGGGAGCACGAACGAGUGCACUGUGGUCCUCAGCCUUAUAUGUGUGUGUCAAUGGAUUGUUAUGCCAGGUUUGGGUCCGUUAAUGAGCUUCUUAAUCACAAACAAACACACGAUGAUCUUCGUUACAAAUGUGAACUAAAUGGCUGUAAUAUUGUUUUCAGUGACUUAGGGCAGCUUUACCAUCACGAGGCACAGCACUUCAGAGAUGCAUCAUAUACAUGCAACUUUUUUGGUUGCAAAAAGUUUUAUUACUCAAAAACUGAAUUUCAGAACCACCUUGCAAUGCAUAACAUCGCCGUGUCAAACGGGGACGGGAAGCAAACGGUGAAACGUGAAGAGUCUGUUUCAAAAGACAAGUUCAGUUAUCUUCCAGAGUCUCAGCUGGUUGAACAAUCUGAAAGCUCCAGUCCAAAUGAAAACCUGGAUCCCACGAGCUCUCAGGAAAUUCCACAGAUCAAGGAAGAAGAGCUCUCCGACAGUGAAGACCUAGACAGUGAAAGUACUUGCAGUGUUCACUGUGGGAACCACAGCACAGCUGUAAACCAAAGCCAGGUGUCUCCUUUAUUGACUGAAACAGGGGCUCACAAUCAAACGGCUCCAGAUUUUCUCGUGUCCCAGGAAGGAGUCUUCCAUUCAGCAGAUGUGAAAGAACAGUGCUCCGGUGAGGCAGUUUGCCUCGAUGGAAAAAGCUUCUCUUGUGGCUUUGAAGGAUGCUGUGCAACACACAAACACGCCAGAAGUAUGCAGAAACAUCUUCGUAGGGCCCACCCAUAUAACUUCAAAGGUAAAAAAAAGAUGGAGAUGAAAACUAAAGACUUUCUGAACCUGCUGAGUGWUGCUCCGGGCAGUAAAUCCCCCAGAGACAUUGGUACGGAGUUGGAUCAGAAUUCAGAUACAAAUGCUGAUUCUCCAGAAAGCCUCUAUUACAAUAAAGGAAACAAUGGCCUGAAAGAAGAAAAUUAUCCUUCUUCCCCAGAAGCAUCUUUUUAUGACAGUUCUAAAGUAUCAAAUAUUGAAGACAAUAUGCUGGAACUACUCUUAGGCUUGAAACAUCUCAGCUUAAAAAAUUCCAAUAUUCAGAAUUCUUCAAGACACAAGCCUUUUUUGGGCUCCUUACAGUCCUAUUCAUCUAGGGAUACCAAGUGCCCUGAGUCAGGAGUAGAAGAAGCUACCUCAAAAUUUCAGUUUCAAGAAGAAGAAAACUUACCCAGCCAGUAUCUCACCCAGCUGGCAGCCAAACCAUUUUUCUGUGAAUGUCAAGGAUGUACUUGUGAAUUCGUGACCAGAGAAGCUCUCUUAAUGCAUUAUGUUAAAAAGCAUAACUAUUCAAAAGAGAUGGUUCUUCAGUUAAACAUGUUCCAGCAUCGGUACUCACCAUUCAAGUGUCAUAUUUGCCAAAGAUCAUUUACAAGAAAAACACAUCUUAGAAUUCACUAUAGAAACAAACAUCAAAUUGGCUGUGAGAGGAUGACACACAAGGUCUGCUCUAAUGAUAAACUUGAUCAUGUAAGUUUAUGUACAGAGGACAUACAUAAUACUGUGCCAACAGCUGUCUCUGCAACCAAGGUUGAAUUCAUUGAACACUCAGACCACUCGGAACAGCUUUAUCGUCCCAAAAAGGAAGACUGUAGUUCUGAAACCGAUUUGGAGUCCAGUGAAGAGACAGACAGCAGCAUAACAAGAAAAACGUCUAACCUGGCUUCUCUGGACAGUCACAGGGAAGAACUGGAGGCAAGAGAGGGAAGAGGAAGCAAAAGAACAGUUGCUAAAGGAAACUUAUGCUACAUAUUGCAUAAGUACCACAAACCAUUUCAUUGUAUUCAUAAAAGCUGCAACUCUGCUUUUACCAACCAGAAAGGUUUGAUUCGUCACUAUAGGACCGUUCACCAGUAUAACAAGGAACAGCUCUGCUUAGAAAAAGACAAAGCAAGAACAAAAAGGGAACUUGUCAAAUGUAAAAAAAUAUUUGCAUGCAAGUACAAAGAGUGUGGUAAGCGUUUUCUGUGUUCUAAAGCCCUUGCUAAGCAUUGUAGUGACUUCCACGAUGAACAUAUAGAAGAUCAAAAAGUGCUUUCUGAAGCUGAAUCUGCAAGAUUUGCUUGUAACCAAGCCCAUUGCCCUGCUGUAUUUGUUACUUUUAAUAAGCUAAAACAGCACCUGGUAGAAGAACAUGCCAGUGCAGAAAAAAUAAACAAAGAUUUUGAAAUCCAUUGUGACCUUAAUGGCUGUGAUCGAAUUUUCACCAAUUACAGUCACUACUCUCAACAUGUGUAUUUCCGACAUAGUGAAUACUAUGAUAGUCUCUUUGGAAAUCAAAAAGAGGAGCAAGAUGAUCUUGAUAAGGAUAAAAAUGAACAAAAUUAUUUGAAAGACAAUUUUGACAUGAACAAGCAGAAUGGGAAGCAGAUAAAAGAAAAACCUAAAAGAAUUAGCAAAAGCAAAGAAAAGCAUUUGAUUAAUUUGAAAACAAAAGAGGAAGCCCUACAAAUGUGCAAAGAGAAGUCCAACCAGACCCAGUACCCUUGCAUGGUUCAGGGAUGUAUGUCCGUUGUGAAACUGGAAAGCAGUAUAGUGAGGCAUUACAAACGCACACAUCAGAUGACCAAUAUAUAUAUAGAGCAACAGAUCCAGAAACUGGUUGUUUGUGUUAAAUGUGGCACAAUGACAGAAAAACAGUCCUCAUCUGACACAGCUUCAGGUGGGGAUAAAAAAGGCACAAAAGUUAAAGAGGAGAAAUCAGCUCACUCUGUGCAGGAAAGUCAAAAAUCUCUCACUGCAAAUACUGAUCAGGACCAUCAAGGUGUAAGCAGUGACGACCAAAAAAGAUGUUCAGCAGGUAGUGUGGGCUUCGAUACGAGUGCCUUUAUGUAUUCGGGCACCUUAAAAUAUAACCACAGUUCAAAAACUAGCAGUUUUGAAGAGCAUAACUUAAGGGAGUCCGUGAGGUGUAAAACAGGAGAUGUAUCUGAAAACAGUGAAGGUGGCUCUUAUUUCUCCAACGUACAGUUAGAGUUGCCAAGGGAGAAAGACGGAGAGGGACGUGAACAUAGCACAGAUACCCAAAAUGCAAAAAGAAACGUACGUUGUACUACGAAGGACAAAUUACAGAAGCAACCCCUGUCCAGACCAUUUGACUUAAAGACGUAUAAACCAAUGGGAUUUGAGUCUUCAUUUUUAAAGUUUAUUCAGGAAAGUGAGGGAAAAGAGGAUGACGAUGAUGAUUUUGAUGAGGUGGUGGAAUGGGAGUCUCCUGAGCAGUUUCCAGUUGAUGGAAUCUUGCAAAAAGACGGAGACUCUCGACGGGAUCGGGAUGCGCCAGUAAACAGCUUUGUGAAGGAGAAAAAUGCAGUCGGACCCCAAAACAAUCAUGGGCGGCUAACAGAAAUACAGCCCAUCAUUUCAGAAUCGUCAUCUGCCCCUUCUUUAGAAAACUUGAGGGCUAUCUUGGACAAGGCAUUAAUGGACUGUGGAGACCUUGCCUUAAAACAGCUUCAUUACUUAAGACCGGUAGUUGUUCUGGAAAGAUCCAAGUUUUCCACGUCCCUUAUUGAUCUAUUUCCAACAAAAAAGGCYGAUGAGCUUUGUGUAGGAAGUACAUAAGUAGUUUUGCUUAGAACAGAUUGCCUCCACUACUGUUACAUGGGGAGAAUUUCAAAUUAGAGCAGAAACUGUUACAGAACACACUGUUUAGGUUAGUUUGGACUGUUUAAUUCCAUGAAUGUAUAAUAUCUGUCAAAAAGUACUGGCCAAGUUAAUUUAGCUCCCCUUUUUUUUUU